CAGAUCUCGCACAUCCUGCCCAUCAUGAUCGCCGUGAUCCUGGCCAACGCCGUCGCCCAGAGCCUCCAGCCUUCCAUCUACGACUCCAUCAUCCGCAUCAAGAAGCUGCCCUACCUGCCCGAGCUGGGCUGGGGACACCACGAGAAGUAUAACAUCCGUGUGGAAGACAUCAUGGUGAGGGAUGUGCGUUACGUCACCCUGAACUCCACCUACAGAGACCUGCACGACGUGCUGCUCAGCGGGCACCUGAAAACACUCGCACUCGUGGAGUCUGCAG